AUGUAUAAAUUAUAUAUUUCAAUCACGAUAUUAUUAUUAGUGAUUGUUUCAAUUCAUGCGAAGUCUGUUUUACGAAAUGGUCUUCCAUCAAGAUAUCAUGUUAGUGGUGUUAUUCAAUUGCCUUAUGCAGAAAUAAGUGAACCAUUUGAAUCAUGGAUUGAUGUUCAAGCUGGAUUUUCACGUAUUGAUUAUUAUGGCGGUGCAGCAAAAACUAUUCAACGAAAAGGACAAAAUAAUCAAGAUUUCGGUGCUAAUUAUAAAAUUGUACCAAUAUCUGAUGAAGUCACAUUAAAUAAAAUCACAUGUUUUCAAUCUAAUGGUUCAAAAGAACAAUUAAUGGAUGUUCAACAUACUAUACCAGAUAUAAAUUCAUUUGAAGAUUUGGGUCAAGCUGAAUGGCGUGGAAUAAAAUGUCAAAUGUAUCAAAGUAUUGAUCAAGAAGGUGAUAAAAAAUCUACCUAUACUUAUUAUAUUAAUGCUGAAACAAAACAUCCAGUACAUUAUGAAAUGUUUGGCUAUGAUACAUUAAUUGGUUCUCAUUUUGAUAAAUAUACAAUUGAUUAUUACAAUUAUGAUGAAAAUCCAAUUGACUCAAGUUUAUAUCAUAUUACUGAUGAAAUGACAUGUAUAGAAUUUCCAGAUUCAGAUAGUGAACAUACAUCACCACGUGUUUUAUUCAAUCCUAUGAGUGAAUAUAUGAAUCGUCACGGUGAAGAUUAUCUUCAAACAUCAUUUGAUGAAUUUAAAAAUAAACAUGGCUAUAAAUAUAAAGAUGAACAUGAACAUCGUCAUCGAUUGAAAACAUUUCGACAUAAUAAUCGUUAUGUAAAUACACAUAAUCGUGCAGGACUUUCAUAUAAAAUGAAAUUAAAUAAAUUUGCUGAUCGAACUGAUGAUGAAUUACGAGUACUUCGUGGUCGUCGUCAUUCAAAAGGUUAUAAUGGUGGUCUUCCUUUUCCAAUUGAAGAAUUAACACAAACUAAUCAAGCUAUUCCAGAUUCAAUUGAUUGGAGACUUAUGGGGGCUGUAACACCAGUUAAAGAUCAAGGUAUUUGUGGUUCAUGUUGGACUUUUGGUACAACAGGUGUUAUUGAAGGUGCUUAUUUUGUUAAGCAUGGAUCAUCAAUUCGUUUAUCUGAACAAGACUUAGUUGAUUGUUCAUGGGGUUUUGGAAAUAAUGGUUGUGAUGGUGGUGAAGAUUAUCGUGCAUAUCAAUAUAUUAUGAAACAUGAUGGAAUUGCUUUUGAAGAUAGUUAUGGUCCAUAUUUACAAGAAGAUAGUUUUUGUCAUCAUGAUACAGCAAUUAAAGGUGCUAAAAUUCUUGGAUAUGUUAAUGUUACUGAAACUGAUGAAGAAGCUUUAAAAAUUGCAAUUGCAAAGAAAGGUCCAGUUUCUGUUGGUAUUGAUGCUGCUCACAAAAGUUUUGUAUUUUACGCAAGUGGAGUGUAUUAUGAACCUGAUUGUGGUAGUAAACUUGAAAAUUUAGAUCAUGCUGUAUUAGCUGUUGGAUAUGGUACAUUAAAUGGUAAAGAUUACUGGCUUGUAAAAAAUUCUUGGUCAACAUAUUGGGGCAAUGAUGGCUAUGUACUUAUGUCUCGAAAGAAUAACAAUUGCGGUGUAGCUACAGCAGCAACAUAUGUUAUUGUUGCAUAA